CAGGCAUCGGGAGUCAUCAGAUCAAGCGGGUAACUAAGCCCAAGGUCUUCAAAUGUUCGUGAACAAGAACAAAACCCGGCUAAUGACUUGGAUCUGGAUGAAGAUUAACAAGAUCGGGAAAGAAGGGUUUUUCGAUUUGGAGCAGGGAUUUAUAGCAUAUCUGGAAACCGUAUUAUUUCAGAAGAAGCAGAAAAAUGACUACCCAGGCCAUAGUGGUUCGAUCCUAACGAAAUUGAAGGUGUAUAGGAGCUAG